AUGACUUCUGCCUCCGUUGCAGCGCCUGCCGCCUCUCUGCUUGAGCGCCUGUUGUUGACGCGAGGCACCACUGCGGAGUCACACCCCACUGUGUCUCCUCCACAUGUGGGCACCCUCCGAGGCACCGGCACGUACGGUCUUUCACUCCUUGCCGCCGUUGCAGCUUCGGCAUGUGCCCAACGACGCCCCAGCGUGCUGCUGUGGCUAGAUGAUGUUGCGAGACGACGUUUUCGCCGGGUUUGGAACGACGCGACGAACUCCGUAACGGCUCGGUGCCUCUUCAGUUGGUGGGCAUCGCACCGGAUGGAGAAGCUUGGCAUUCGCAGGGUGCAGCACGAUCCAGCGAGGGAGCUGUUGCUUUGUUCCGUUUUCAGUGAGAAGAAUGUGACGGGAGGGCACCAUCCGCAUGCGGUUCACGAUGAUGGCAUGCGGUGGAAGCAACGGUGCUCAACUCGGCUGGAGAAGAAGAAACUGCGGCAGGCGAGGGGGAAGGAGGUGGAGAGGACGUGCAGCCAGCCGCGGCAAAUGCCGCCCGACACGCGAGGGAUAUUGCGCGUGCGAGACACGGCGGGUGGUGCCGGUCUGGUGAGCAGCGGCAGGAAAGCGAGCAGGCAACGGGGCGCAACUUCCAACGGUGCGGCCACGCACCGCUACGCCUCGAUAAACUCCCAGCGACUCACAAUGGAUUACCCCCCGCUGCUGGGGCGUGUGCGGGAUGACGUUGCAGUGCGGCAGCAGCGUCCAGCUCAGCGUGAGGAGUACGCGCGACGUGAGUCUCCUGCAUUGCGGCUUUCACCGCAGCAGCUUUCGGAUCAGAUUAGUCGACUUUCCCGCCGCGUCGAUGCGAAGCGUGAGUCUGGGUUAGGGGAAGAAGUGGCGUUCACGCCAAAUAUCAACCGAGGGAUGUUCUCACCGCCAAACAAUUCCUCAGGCUGUACGGCCACUGUGGCCUCCUCAUUCCAACAAAAACGGCAGAAGCGGCACGGCGCGGAUGCAGAGACGUCAUUGAUGUCUCCUAGUGGCCCACGGCGUGAGGAGCAAAAGGCAAGGACCGUAAUUUCCCCGAUUCAAAUUGGGGCCUUCUGCGCGCGGCAGCGAUCAUGGGAGGCACGUCGCAGGGAGCGUCUUUGCUGUCUUGGCGACGAGCUUAACGCCCGUCAGGAGGAAGCGCACCUGACGGAGUGUACUUUUCACCCCACGGUGAACGCUCCGUCCCCGAGAAGGGUGCCGAACUUUGAGGAGACCCGCGGCCUGUCAAUGCGUGUACCAUUCGGUGCCAUCGAGUACAAGUCACCAACGCACCGCAAGUUGCUCCAUUUCGAAGACAUCGGUGACCUCCGCUUGCGGCAGCCGCCUUUGAAGGGAACCCCAUUGUCGGCAAACACGUCUCCCGUCCGUGUUACUAGCCGGAGAGGCAUUUGUCUGCGUGGCAGGGUUGCUCCACAUACGUCCCCACGAGACGCACGAGCAUGUUACGCGGAGCUCCACACACCUUGGAUAGAUGAUUCAAAACGGCGGCAUCUGUACAGCGUAGUGGAGACCUCGCCAGCAGCAAGGCAGACGCUUCAGACCCAGCGCGACUACGUGAAUGUGAACGCGUCUUUGGAGCUGGAUGAGCAGACGCUGCUUGACUUGAGCAUAUGGUGGGGGGAUCUUCUUGCACGGAAGCUGCAGGUCUCGUUUGACGCCGAUGCCCAUGCGGAGGACGACGCAUGCGAUGCCCACCUCUACGAGUGGGCGCUAGAGGCACCGUUUACACGCACACUUGCUCCCAAAACCGUAUUACGAGCGCUACAUGAGCUCCUUUGCCUCAGUGCUGGCGAGACGAACGCCACGGCACUUGAGCCCCGACUUUUUUUCGAACUGUCACGGAUUCAAGCGGCAUCCGAAAGAAAUGAUGGGGUGACUUUUGCUCAGUUUAUCGACCUCUACAGCAAAUGUUUGCAGAGAAAAUAA